AUGCCCCUCCCUUCUCGCGCAGUAAGCCGCCUGGCACCGCUUAGCAAGCACGCAGCUGUCAUCGCCGACGCCGAUAUCCCCCACAUUGAAAGUGUCGAGUGGAGUGGACACGACUUGCGACAGCAACUGGUGACACGAGGUGUGCGCCUGACCAGCCUCGACACCAAGCUACCAUCGUCCAUCCACUGCCGUCUGUAUAUCAUCCCGGCGAUAGGCCCCUGGCCUCUCCUUCCGCCGACCUGGACCGUCUUGCGGGCGAACAACAUUACUGCCUACUGCAACCUCGCAGACGUGCAAGCCUAUGUCCUUCGCACCUUACGGAUCGCCUUACCCUACAACUACUUCCUCCCCUUACCGCAUCGAUGCAUCUCGGCAACAAUGGAGCUGCACCGUCCGGAGACAAAGGAGAUGACGGAGGCAAGGAGGUACUUGUGCAGCGUUGGCGGUGGAGCGGACUCUGCGGAAGGGCAGUACGAGUGGUUGGUAAAAGGCGACCCUCUCCUUUCUACACGACUCAUAUCCCCGGAAGCGAGCCUUCACGCAAAAAGAGACGGAUUCGACCCAAGAAAGCGGAUUCAGGGGCGGACACUGCUCGUUCACGCCGAAAAAGGCGCCGCAUGGAGUACUUUGAGGGUGCAGGGGAUGGGAGUGAUGGUGGAGAAGGACAAGAGGAAGGACGGGAGGAGGAGUAUGCAGGAAAGAUAA